GGAAGUUAACGUCAAAUUUCGAAAAUGAAUGAAAAAGAUGACUCGUUGAUGAAGGAUAAGAACUUGAAAAUUUCUGGAGGCUUUCAAGAGCUUAAGAAUUCAAAAGAAGCGGAAGAGAAACCUAUGCCUCGCAAAUACCGCACGAAGCAUAUGAAGCGAUUUCCGGAAUUAUAUCGAAGCGAUGUUUCAAUUCAUCCCAGCUAUACAGACUUGAAAAACUUGCCUUACAAUGUGGUCUGCAGGCAACGCGCGCAAAGAAUUAAGCGGCAAUCAUUUCGGCAGCUGAAUCGUGAGAUCAUGCAUUUUGCUAUGGUCCAAAUGUUUGCUCUCGAUGGUGUGAAAGUCGAUCGCGUCUUCAGCAUUGGCAUGUCGCCGAAGAUGUUAAUCGUGCCAGAUCCUUUAACAGAGAAAGAGAGACGCCGACUAAAUGAUCUUAUCGAAAAUCGUUAA